AGACGAAUCAGGUGGAGAGAGGGUUGAGAGAGAGAGAGAGAGAGUGAGUUUAGAGCCGAGAUCCAUCUCUUAUCCCAUAAACCUUGGAAAACGAGCCGCUAGAUCCUUGGCGUGGAUUUACGCUCUCAGACCUCUGAAAAGCAGAACUCCAAAAAGUUUUUGCCCAAAAGAAACGCGCCAACACAAAGAAAAAGUGAAGAAAAACCUCCACUUCUACUCCCAUGGCGCACAAGUCCAAAAAACGCCCAGUUAUGACAAGGCCCUAACCCUAACCAGAUGUCCUGGCCAGUUUGCCUGUGCCUCGGACUGAUUUUGGAGCGCUGAAGUUAACGACAAUUGAGUUUUUAGUUGGAUUGUAUGCUGCACCGUUGAUGAUCUCUCUUUUCUCCCCCUCUUUUCUUGUUUUCUUUUACAUUCACAGUUGUAGUUUCCUUUCCCCUACUGUUUUUUGUUUUGGCCCAAAGGGUUCUUGUUUUGGGUAAUUUUAUUUGGAAGAUUCUACACAACUCCUGGCACAUGAUUUGCACAUGGGAGCCUAUUUAGCUUCCUUUAGAAGCAAAAAGAAGGGCUUUUGUCUCUGGGAAAAAAAGUGAUCAGGUAAAAACAAAAAGGAAGAAUAGAAGAGGAAAAGAAGAGCGCCGAGACAAGAAGCAGAGAACAAGUGGGAAAAGGAAGAAGAAAGGCCUGUGUGUGAGGCUUGUGUGGAAAAUCAUCGCGAAGUUAUGGAUUCGGACUUAAGAAGGAGCAAAGACAGGAUCAGCAAGUUGCCGGACACCCUGUUGUGUCACAUCCUUUCGUUCCUUCCGACGAAAUACGGGGUUGGAACGAGUGUUCUAUCGACCCGGUGGCAAUACCUCUGGACUAAAGUUCCUACCCUUGAUUUUGAUGACUCCGAACUCUUUGAGGAAAAUACUGAAUUGAGCGAGGAUAGAGAAGAGGAAGUUAAUUCGAGGUUUCAACACUUUGUGAAUCGGGUAUUGCUUCUAAGUGACCCGCCUUGUUUCCGGAAAUUCCAUCUCAAGGGAUUCCUCGAGGAUGUUGAUCAGGUUGAUACGUGGAUCUCUUCUGCGGUUAAGCGAAAUGUUCAAGACCUGAAACUUUGCAACUUGGAUGAAGUUCAUAUUGGGGUGCCACAUGUGAUUUUCACUAGCAAAACACUAUCGGUUUUGACACUUACUGGAGUUUUGUUAAAUGUGCGUGGCUCAGCUUGGCUUCCUAGUCUUAAGAUUCUCAACCUGGAUACAGUCAAAUACGAAAACGGUGACACAAUGCAGAUUCUCCUCUCUGGCUGCCCUGUUGUUGAAGAAUUGUAUAUUAAGCUGUGGAUUGGGGAUACAUCCAAUCCACGACGGGUUCUGGAUAUUUCUGUCCCAACGUUGAAACGUUUGACUGUAUUUUACCUCAGAGAUAGUUUUGAAGACGGAUUCAAGCUUGUGGUAGAUAUCCCCCAACUUGAGUGCCUUAGUCUCAUAGAUCAUGUGUCAGAAGAAUUUUUCUUGAGGAAUCUGAAUACGUUAUCCAAAGCAUCUAUUAUGGUUGGGCCUACUAGCUUAACAACCAAUAGUUCCAAUGGUGAUGGUCUGCGCGUGUAUAACCUUCUUAGUGGGAUUUCCAAGGUUAAGUUUCUUGAUGCGCAUUUGUCUUUUAAGAUUGAUAUCAAUGGUUACUUGCUGCCAACCUUCAGAAAUUUGACCCAGUUGACAUUCUGUGGUAUCUUGAACUUGCAAUUAUUGGCAGACUUGCUUCAGUGCUCGCCUAUUCUUGAAGUUCUUAUCCUAAAGAGAAAUCUAUUGGAUGAUGAAGCAAUCAAAUCUUGGAAUCCACCAAAGCAAGUGCCUAGUUGUUUCUUAUCACGUCUCAAGGAAAUUCAAAUUAAGGAACUUCGUGGGAAAGGUUAUGAGCUUGAAAUGAUAGGGUAUUUUCUACAGAAUGCGAAGGUCUUGGUGAAGAUGACAAUUGGCUAUCGUUUUCCAAACGACUGCUUUUGUGGGGAAUUAGUAGCAUUCCGAAGGGAAUCAAAGACUUGCCAACUUAAUCUCAAUUGUUUGAAACAUUGCAGGAUAGAGGAGCCGAAACGGGGAUGAGGAUGAGCGUGUUGCAUUUGAGUGUUCCCUAGAGAACACAGUUUGCAGUAGUUUUGACCAAGACAAGAAUCAGUUUUUGUUGUCCUUCAGUUCCAGAGAAGAAGAGAACUGCGGAUAGAGGCUACCAUAAGACCAACAAAAUAUGGUGAUUUUUUGGGGAAGUUUUUUUUUUUGGGUGGACGGCAAAAGAGCAUGAGCUGACAUGGCGGAAAUUGUUUUUUUUGGAGACAUUUGCGAAUUUGGCCCUUGGGUCUAUGUUUGUAUGGCUGCAACUGUGCAUAUCUUGAUGUAACUAGUAUAUGACAUAGAUGAAAGGGUUCGUGAAACUUGAAUGAAUGGUUCAGGUUCUGAUUCACAUCGAUGUGAAUCUGAACCAUUCAUUCUAGUUUCAUGGACCCUUUCAUCUAGCCUAAAACUUAUGUAUGAAAUAUCCCGGGUUUUACUGACAAUUGUCGCUUUUUUUAAUCAUCAAAAUCCCUUGUUCGAGAGAUGAUGGUGGUGAUGACAUCUUUCGCUUGUAUUUGCUUUU